AGUUGACGACGGACCAUGGACGAUAUCCCUUCCCACCCACCCAGGAGAUCUGGUUGAUGGUGUAGAAGAGCCGCGGAAGAAUUAUACCAUGUGUAUAGAGGGUACCUAUAUGAAUUGGUUUGUAGUAACUGAUCCACAGACUCCCAUCUUUGUCGAAAUGCAACAACUACGGGAUUCGUUCUUAGUCCCAUGCCGGCUUGAUCCAUCUCUAAAAGAGGCAUAUAUUAAAGCAAAGGGUAACCAAUUUCACAGACGCACCUUAGAAUCGCUCCCCCCAGCGAAUUCUAUGGACACAUUUAACUUUUGGUCUGUUUCAUAUGACGGACGAGUAUGUAUGGUCAUCGGUAAUAUGCCGGGCGAUCCUGCACCGGGAAUGUGGUCUCGUUCCGAUCUGAGGAACGCGUGGGGUAUGAAGAAGACGGAUACGAUUUUGAACAUGAUCAGGGCAGAAAUGGAUCACCCAUAUAUGGAUAAUGGUCGUAAGAAAAAUAUUCUAGGGGAAGAUACUAUUGAUGAGCUGAGAAGGAGGCUAGGGGAAAGGGGUAAGUCUGUGGAAGGGGAUUUGACGAAGAAAUUAGGCGGCUUGCGUUUUUAGUAACAGCAGUUUACACUUUCGUG